AUGAUCAUGGAUAUUACGAAUCCAACUAACUUCACAAUUGUUCUAUUUUCCUUUACGUUGGUCUUGUCUCUCGCAUUGCUUUCCUUGAGAUCCAAAAAAACAAAGGGUCAGCUUCCUCCGGGGCCACGGGGAUGGCCGAUCAUAGGGAACUUGUUCCACAUGAUCAUGAACCGGCCGGCUCACAUGUGGAUCCACCGUUCCAUGGAAGACAUGCAAACAGAAAUAGCUUGCUUCCGCUUCGCCCGCGUCCACGUCAUCCCCGUAACCUCAAGCGAGAUCGCCAGAGAAGUGUUUAGAAAAAAAGACGAGGCUCUUGCAGACAGAUCAGAGUCGUACUCGAGCAAUCUCAUUAGCCAUGGCUACAAAGAAGUUCUUUUCUCUUCUUACGGAGAGAGUUGGAAGCUGAUGAAGAAAAUGAUGACAACAAAACUAAUGUCUCCGACAAUGUUGAACAAAACCCUUGAUUUUUUUUUCACUAAUAAGGUAUAA